AUGUCCUACCAGUAUCAGGAGCAGUGCAAACAGCCUUGCCAGCCUCCUCCCAAGUGCCCCCAGCCCAAGUGCCCUGAGCCAUGCCCUCCCAAGUGCCCACCACCUUGCCAGCCCAAGUGCCCUGAGCCAUGUCCUCCAAAAUGCCCAGAGCCAUGCCUUCCCAAGUGCCCUGAGCCAUGCCCACCACAGCAGUACCAGCAGAAAUGCCCCCCAUGCCCUCCACCCUGCCAGCAGCAGUGCCCACCCAAGAGGAAGUAA